AUGAGCCAUGGAAAUCACACAUCCAAUAGUGACUUCAUACUUGUGGGACUCUUCUCUUCUUCUCAAGCAAGUCUAGCUUUCUUCUCAUGUCUAUUUAUCACCUAUGUUAUGACCUUAACAGAAAAUGCACUCAUGAUGCUCCUUAUCCGAGGAGACUCACGACUCCAUACACCAAUGUACUUCCUGCUAAGCCACCUCUCCUUCAUGGAUAUCUUGCACACUUCCAACAUUGUCCCCAAGAUGAUCACCGACUUUCUGUCCGGAAGCAGAACGAUUUCCUUUGUGGGGUGUGGCUUCCAGCUGUUUUGGUCUCUUGGUCUACUGGGUGGUGAGUGCCUCCUCCUGGCUGCCAUGUCCUAUGAUCGCUAUGCAGCCAUCUGCCACCCACUGCGCUACCCAGUGCUCAUGAAGGAUGCUGUCAGCAGGCUCAUGGCUGCAGGGGCCUGGCUGGUUGGGACCCUCAACUCCAUAGUUCACACAGUAAAUAUCAUGCAUUUAUCCUUCUGUCAUUCUAGGGCCAUUGAUCACUUUUUUUGUGAAAUCCCUGCUUUGUUGACACUGUCCUGCGUAGACACAUCACACUAUGAAAGAAUAAUAUAUAUAAGCGGAAUUAUGUUUCUAUUGACCCCAUUCUUCAUCAUCUCCUUAUCUUACAUACAAAUUUUGCACACUGUGUUCCAAAUGAAAUCCUCACAGGCACAAAAAAAGUCCCUUUCCACCUGUUCCUGUCACAUGGUUGUGGUUACAAUGUACUAUGGACCAUGUAUCUUCACCUAUAUGAAACCAAGGUCCUACCACACUGCAGGCAAGGAUAAAUUCUUGGCUAUAUUUUACACCUUUGUCACACCCAUGCUUAACCCCAUCAUCUAUAGCUUUAGGAAUAAAGAUGUUCUGGCAUCUGUUCAAAAUAUGCUCCAAAGAAACUUCCUGUACAAAAAAUGA